UAAAAUGAUCCUAGAUGUCGUGGUGAAACGUUUGAUCCAUUUAUCAUAUCUUAACGUUUUCAUUCUCAUUGUUCGCUGUUUUUAUGUGAAAAAAGUUUUAGUUUUAUAAACCACUGUAAAAUGAAUAUAAUGCAUACGUUACGAUUUAGCUGUCAAAGGAAUAUCCAUCAAAUUCGCCAAUUUCACAAAUGUAUUAUUCAACAAUCAGAAGUUGCAGCUGCUGCUACAGCUAGUACAACUUCUGUGUCUGAGUCUGUUUCUACACAGCAAGAACCAGUUAAUGCUAAAAUAGAGAUGAUCGCUAAUCACAUUGUUUCCUUAAAUCUUAUAGAAGUAGCUCAAUUGAGUGACUUACUUAAAAAGAGAUUAAACUUGCCAGAUGCACCUGUAAUGCCUAUGGGUGGUUUUGUUGGUGCUGCACCAAAAGUAGAAGAAGAGAGUGAAGAACCUCAAAUAGUUCAAACUGCAUUUACUAUUAAACUUACUGCUUUUGAUGAAAAAGAAAAGAUUGCUCUAAUAAAAGAGAUGAAGAACAUAUUACCAGAUUGUAAUCUUGUUCAGGCCAAAAAGUUUGUUGAGAGUGUACCAGCUACAAUCAAAUCUGAUAUCUCGAAAGAAGAGGCUGAAAAGAUAAAGGAAAUCGUCACCAAAGUUGGUGCUAUAGUUGAAAUUGUUUAAUUCUUUAUGUAAAUAUAUACGGAAAUUCAUCUUCUAUGGAUUUAAUAGAAUUUUGUAAUAAAGUAAGCAUUUACAGGGAUCCAUUAAACAAAAAUAAAACAAUUCCACUAUUUUUAUCAUUUUAUCAACUUAUUUUCCAUGUUUUUGCGUACAUUGUUCAUAAGUAAAUCUUACAAGUAAAGAUUAACAUUUAAGUGUACAUUUAAAUUAUGCUUUACACUAUUGUUUUUAUAAAAAAUUUUAAUAAUUUUAAUCAUAUAAAUAAUUUAGAAUUGUACAGAAAACCAUAAUGUGAAAUAAAAAACUGUGCACUUUAA